AUGCCUUCGGAGAGUACCAACAGGAAUUAUGAGCGAAAUCGAGAGAGCAGAGGACGAAGACGUCGAUUUAAAGGAGCACCAUUCGAAUCAACCCAUGAAACUGUGGCUAAAACUCCCUCCAAUGUACGAAGAUCACGAAUUGAUAUGCCUACUCGCAGUGCUAAGAGCAUGAGCAAUCUAUCCUCUAUCGAUAACGAAGUCACUACUGAUCAAGGAAACAGUUCAAAUCAGAAUACCUCACUCAUGCCUUUUACUCGAAUUAUCAAGUGGUAUAAACAUAUAUCCCAGACACGGGAAACUCCUCCCCAAAUGACCCAAGGAAAAGUUAUCCCUCUGGAGCGGAGGUUCUCGCCUCCAGCAAAUCAACAAACUGGUUAUGUUGGCAAAAAGCGGGAAUUCAUGGGGCCCCUUGGUUUGGGCGAAUUCGUGGAAUCUAUGGGGGGAGGUUUUGAUGAACCUGACCAGCCCAAUGUAUCUCCUCAAAUACAAGUGAAGUCACGAUCCCUGAUCGAUAUUUCCAUGACAAAUUUGUGGGGAGACGAGGAAGAAGAUUACGAUAUUGCAAAUGGUGGUGAUGUUGAAAAUAAUGAACAAGAGAACAGCUUGGAAAAGGAGAGAAGGGUAUCCUUUUCACAGUCAAAUCGUUCCAGCCUCUUGAACACAAUUUCUCGAUUAGUUCCACUUCCUCCAAUAGCGCCAAACUUGGUCCAAUUCUUGGAUAAUCCUUCAGUUUCUGGAAGUGUUUAUGAGAGCAUGGAAACAACCUUCUUCGGAAAUAAUGAAGAAAGAUGGAGUACACCGGCUUUUGUCAUUACUGCUUGCAAUCAGAUGCAAAAGGGUGACCUGUUUAAUAUUCAUUGCGUGUCAGAUUACUUGGCGGAAUUAAAACUUACGGUGAACUGGGCAAAGUCGGUGAAAUACCUCUGUGAAGGUGAAAUUCGUAAAUAUAAGUCGGCGGGACGGGGAAAACGUCAACGGCGUCUGACGCGGCAAGGUUCCACCAUGAAGUCUGAAAAUGAAGUGGAGUUGAAGGAACUUCAUUCCGACUUCAUCAACUUCUUGGACUCGUAUGAAAUUUUCGUGAGUCAAAUGAAAGAAGAACAUCGUGGAACGGCUAUUAGUGCAAUUUUAAUCGCAGGCCAUAAUGAGCGACUUGUAACGUAA